AUGAAUGAUUUGGAGGAACAGUGGAGGAAGUUUUGUUUGAUAGAGGAAGAAGGGGAAGCUAUAGCCAUUGAUGAUGUUGUCGAUGAGGUAAUAGGUUUCAAAGGAGACUGUAGCUUGGUAGGGAAGAUUUGCCUGGAUAGGAACAUCGGCAGAAUGGUUCUUGAGGACACAAUGAAGAAAGUAUGGAGAGUUAGCAAGCCUGCUAAGUUCGGUGAACUAGGAGGUAAUGUGUUUACAAUAACCUUUGCUAACCAAGCAGAUAAGCAACGCAUAUGGAAUGGGAGACCUUGGCUCUUUGACUCUCAUCUUUUAGCUUUGAAGCUAUUUGAUGAAUAUACACCCCUGCAAAGAAUGAGGUUUGAUAAGGAAAGUUUCUGGAUAGGGGGAACAAUAGGUAAAGUAGAAGAGGUGGAUACAAAAGAAGAUGGGGUUGGAUGGGGCAAGUUUCUAAGGGUAUGCAUCAACAUCGAGCUCAUGAAACCCCUGGCCAGAGGUAGAACAAUUACGAUGAAAGGUGAAAAGCUCUGGAUUCCAGUUAAAUAUGAAAAGCUGCCCAGGUUCUGCUUUGAGUGUGGUUGCCUAAUUCAUGGCCCACAAGGAUGUACUGGGAAGUUGGGUGAAAAGUUGCAAUAUGGAGUGUGGUUAAGGGCUGAUACAAAAAUAGGGUCCAAGUUGAAAAUAAGAGCUAAUGGUUUCGAAAGCAAGUGGAGAGAAGUGAAUGAGGGAGAAGAAGAGGGUGUAAGGGAUGACCAGCAUGAGGCAGAGGGUGAGGAAACAAAAAGGGGUGAGGUUGAACAAAACAUUGAGGGGGAGGAAAAUACACCUGGGUUAAGGGGAGGGGUUGAAAGUAAUGAAGUAGAGAGUAGCUGUGCUAAUGGUACAUAA